AUGACAACUGUUUUUGUUUCUGGUGCCAAUGGGUACAUCGCCCAACAUGUAAUUGUUCAAUUGAUCGCUAAAGGUUACGAUGUAAUCGGUUCAAUUAGAAGCGAAGAAAAAGGAGAAAAAUUGAAGAAGAAUUUGAACUCUUCCAAGUUCACCUAUGUAAUUAUUCCAGACAUUAUCAAAGAAGAUGCUUUCGACGAAGUUUUAAAGGCCAAUCCUCAAAUUACUGCAUUCCUCCAUACUGCUUCACCAGUGGUUUUCGAUGUUGAUGAUUUCGAACAAGAUGUGAUUAUUCCGGCUUUAAAAGGUACUGUCAAUGUCAUGAACUCCAUCAAAAAGUUUGCUCCUCAAAUCACUAGAUUCGUCUAUACUUCCUCAUUUGCGGCCAUUACUUCUCUGGAACAUACCAAGGAUACAGUUAUUACUGAGGAUACUUGGAAUAAGAUUGCAAGAGAUGGUGGAGUUGAACCAAUGUUAGCUUACAGAGUUUCAAAGACUUUUGCCGAAAAAUCAGUUUGGGAUUUCUAUGAAAAGGAAAAGCCAAAUUUUACUUUCAAUGUCGUUAAUCCUACAAUGGUCUUUGGACCACAAGCUUUUGAUUCUGAAGUUAAAGGAACCCUCAACUUCUCUGCCGAGAUUAUCAAUAAAAUAUUGAAAUUGAAACCAGAAGAUGAAGUUCCUGAGUUUAGAGGUGGGUUCAUCGAUGUUAGAGAUAUUGCCAAAGCCCACUUAUUUGCUUUGGAAACUGAAAAGACUUCUUUAAGAUUAUUGUGUGUUGAAGAAAGAUUCUCCAAUCAAUCAUGUCUUGAUCUUAUCCAUAAGAAUUUCUCUUUGGACUUACCUAAAGGGUCUCCAGGUACUGGAAGUGAUUUCUCCCAAAUGCCUAUUCUUGAUAACUCAAAAACAAAGGCAUUGAUCGGCCCCUUCAUUGGCUUAGAACAAUCUGUCAUUGAUACUGUGAAGCAAGUCUUAGAUAAUCAAAAAUAA